CCGCCGGUUGAGAAGGUCCGCAUUGGGAGUUCAUAGGAAUAAAUUCCGUUCCUACUGAAAAUAAACAGCAUAAGUUCUAUAACAAGCAAACCGGUCAGGAUGAGAUCGCUCGUAUUUGUGCCCAAUGUGUUGAUAAUAUUCGCUAUUUCACUACCUCAUAUUUCCGGUAGUGAGUGCGAUCUGACUGGUGUUGACAAAUGUGCUGGUUCCGCAACAGACCUGGUUCCCACAAUUUAUUUCAAUCCGGCCAGCUCGGAGCUUCUUAGUGACAUUAAAGAAAACUAUUGCGGGAAAGGGUUGGAACAAUGCCUCCAGCAUAUGAGUGGUAACUGUUCACUGAACGCCCUCGCGCCCUACCAGACCCUCACCAACACAAUUAAUCUAAUAUGCCGUACUGACAUUGUUCAAAAUCCGUGCCUAGCACGUGGUGACCUACAGCACGGAUGCAGCUACUGUUUCCAGCUAUUUAAAGUUGUCGUGGACAAUGUUGUAGGUGACACUAGCCUUACAUCAGACGAGCUAAAUGCUGCACUAUGCCGGGCAUAUUAUGACGUCAAGACAUGUUGCAUGGACGCUGCUCGGAGUAUAUGUGACACACGUGCCCAGGCUUAUGUCGCCACUCUUCUCAGUACUACAACACGUGCAAACAGAAAUGUGCUAGGUUGUUAACAAAAGAAUAAUAAUACAAUUAAAUUGAUAAACAGGUAUAGAUAAAAAACAACGUUUAUAAUCUGGAUAAAAUGCAGACAUUAAUAUUUGAUCACGCGGUCUGAGAUAAACUCAUCGUUGAAUCAAAUCUUACAAAUAUGUAUAAGCUUAAUGGUAUAUAUUUGUGCAAUGAAAUUAACUUUUUAUUUUAGUAAAUCAAACUUAAUAUUGUAGCAAAACCAGCAUUGUUAUACGAUAUUUUCAUUUUUUAUUAUCAUAAAAUUAGUUUCGUAUUGCAUGUACAAUAAAGUAAGCUUUGUAAGAAAAAAUAAAUUUGCUCUAUAUUUCAAUUAAAGUCACGUGAUUUUAUGAUGAAUGAAUGAAUGAUGAUAAUCAACUUUAUAAUGAAUUUGCGUUUUAUAAUAAAGAAAUUUGCUUUGCAUUCGUAUUUUGACAAAAUCAGGGAUAUAUCUACAUCAUGUAGAAAAUUACCUUUACAUUAUAUGAUAUCGAAAUUAAAAUUUCAUUAAAAUCUAAUGAACAACAAUUUAAUAUUUGAUAAAACCUGCUUAUAUU